UUCCUUCAUUGACUCACACUGAUGCUCAAUGAUGGCGGAUAGCGCGAGUGAGAGCGACACGGACGGAGCCACCCCUCAGUGCUCCUCAUCCUCUUCCUCCUCCAUCCUUAUCUCUUCGUUCCGUCUUGAGGAGUUGACGAACCGCCUGGCUUCUUUACAGCAAGAGAAUAAAGUGCUGAAGAUCGAGCUCGAGACGUUUAAACUGAAGUGUAAAGCUCUGCAGGAGGAGAAUAGAGACUUGCGCAAAGCCAGUGUCACCAUACAAGCGAGAGCAGAACAAGAAGAAGAGUUCAUCAGUAACACCCUUUUCAAGAAGAUUCAGGCCCUGCAGAAAGAGAAAGAAACACUAGCGGUCAACUAUGAGAAGGAAGAGGAGUUCCUCACCAAUGAGCUCUCGAGAAAACUUAUGCAAUUACAACACGAGAAAGCCGAACUGGAGCAACACUUAGAACAGGAGCAGGAGUUUCAAAUCAACAAACUGAUGAAGAAGAUCAAAAAGCUGGAGAACGACACGAUCUCCAAACAACUCACCUUAGAACAGCUUAGACGUGAAAAGAUUGACUUGGAAAACACCUUAGAGCAAGAACAAGAAGCUCUUGUGAAUCGGCUGUGGAAACGCAUGGACAAACUGGAAGCAGAAAAAAGGAUUCUUCAGGAGAAGCUUGACCAGCCUGUCUCUGCUCCGCCGUCCCCCAGAGACAUCUCCAUGGAGAUCGACUCACCUGAGAAUAUGAUGCGAUACAUCCGAUCCCUCAAGAGUGAGGUGGAGCGGCUGAAGAAGAACCUCCGCACUGCAGAGCUACAGCAUACAGAGAAGAGGGCUCAGUACAUAGAGGAAGAGCGCCACAUGCGGGAGGAGAACAUCCGGCUGCAGAGGAAGCUCCAGAGGGAGGUGGAGCGCAGGGAGGCGCUGUGCCGGCAGCUCUCUGAGAGCGAGUCCAGCUUGGAGAUGGACGAUGAGAGGUACUUCAAUGAGAUGUCCGCUCAAGGCCUACGUCCCCGUACCGUAUCCAGCCCCAUUCCCUACAGCCCCUCCCCGUCCUCCAGCAGACCCAUCUCACCAGGGUUGUCAUAUGCGAGUCACACAGUGGGCUUCACCCCGCCAACUACACUGACCAGAGCAGGCAUGUCCUACUACAACACACCCGGCCUGCAUGUCCACGUAGGAGCCUCUCACGGCAUUGCGAGACCCUCCCCAAGGAGAAGCAACAGUCCAGACAAAUUCAAGCGGCCUACACCCCCUCCUUCCCCUAACACGCAGGGUGGUGUCCACCCCCCGCCUCCCCCUCCGCCCACCUUGCAGCCAUAGAUCAGUGAGCCAUCACAGGGACUCGAAACAGAGCUGCUUCACUGUAACAUCUCUCAAGCCAAAGGCUUAACAAUCCUCAAUGUCGUCUUCAUCUCGCACUGAAACCAUUAAUCUGUGUUGUGUUCAUAGUUCUGUGUUUGGAAGCGUUGAUUGCGUCCACUUAAGAUGGUGUGUGAGGUGCAGGCAUUCCCAGCUCAGAGGGAAUAAACACCUCUUCAGUGUAUAGCACUGUUUUAGCAAGCACUUAUUGCUUUGGCAUCAGUGUGUGUCAAGCGAUCUACGCCUUUAGCAACCAUUGCUUGGUUGUAGAUGGAUAAAAAAUACUACUUAGGAAAUGAUGUGGUCAUAUUUUUCGUAGUUGAAUAUUUUUGCAGUGUUCAGACACUUUAAAAGUGUCAACCAGAGUGGACCAGCAGGACAUUGCAGAAAGCCACAGGGGUGCUCCUGUACUCCAAAUGGAAUCGUGGUCAAAGCAGCUAAUGGCCUUUUAAGGAUUAAACUGCGGCCCAAUAUCACUUUUUGAAUUCUUGGUUAAUAAUUCACAAGCAAGUGUCUCAGAAAGUGAGAAAAAAGAGUCAGCCUGCAUAUGCAGCAGUAUGCUUUUGGUUGUUUCCUUAUAAUCACAUUUUGAAAGCAAGACAGCAAAAUGCUUUGCAUUAGUAAUAAAGUCUCCCAAAGAAGUCAUAUUUCAUCUUAAAAUCACAGUGGUGGGGGGGGGGAUAUAAAUAUGUUUUGAAUAAUGAAAAUUAGGCCUUUUGUAGGACCAAUUCCUAUUAUUAUAAUGCAAUUUAAAAAAAUCUGAUUUGGAAUGUGCUCAACUGUCUAGAGCUAAAAUAUUAACAUUUAUUUAGAAAUAUAUUUGGAUUUCAGAGCAACAAAUUUUUCUUACACUGUGGCUUUAUUUUAAUGAUGAGCACACUUUCCUUACAAAUUAUAUCAUUGUAUUGGGGAACAAAAAAAACAGGUAAUUUUGGAGUGAAAUGUCACCCUAGUAAGUGACUUUUUUUUUUGCAGCGUUCACAUGAGAACACUCUGCGGUAGAUGACUUAGUGUUUUGUGGCUGCUGCAGAUGCAAUGCUUUGUUGGCAUCCGCAAGACUUUAAUCCUCCUGGUGGGUUCUAAAAGCUUUUCUUAUAUUUCAGCCAGACACUUAAAACAUUAAACGACGUGCAUUAGAAAAGACUAGUGUGUGUAUGCAUAGAGCGUUGGUCUCGUUUCUUAUUACAAACACACCUGCAGCUCUUUUCUGCUAAACAGUGUCUGGAACCACUGUGAUUUUUUUUUUUUUCUUCUUUUUUUUUUUUCUUCUUCUUCAGAAUAUGCUGAGUUAUAAAAAUUAUUUUGAACAAUUGUGUGAGGAAGUGAGUUAAAGCGCGUGUAAAUAGACUUUUGUAUGAUUUGCAAAAAAGAAAAAAAAAAUGCUUAUGGGGGUCCCUUUGAGAAGCGUUUCCUCCACUAGUUUGUGUUUGUGAGUCUUAGACUCCUGUCAUUGGUGAGCUUUUUAGGAUUAUGUCAGAGUUGCCGAAUAAAUCGCAAAUUGAGAUGCAGCUGAACACAAGGAAGCGCUUCUUAUUUACUGUGAAUAGCUAUCAUUUCAUGCAGAUUAAAGUAAACCAGUUAUUCAUUUCCUGGUACUAACCAGCUGGACGCUAGGCCGUGUUGUUGAACAAUAUCUCACAAAAACAUCACUGUGUUUUGCUGCAGCACGACAUCAGUGCUUUUCAUAUUUACAACAGGGUGUGAAUGUAUUUUCUUUUCAUUUUUUAUUCUUUACCAUGUAUUCUCUGAGAGCACAAUUCAUUCGAUUUGAGCAAAAGAACCAGGAAGGGUUUUUUUUUUUUUUUUUUUUUUUUUUUUAUUAUUUACCUUUUUACUGUUGUCAUUGUAACUAUUCGUGUCUUUGUAUAGAAAAAGAAUACUUUUGUAUUGCGAUUCUGUCUCAACCGGUUUCAGUUUCACCAGAGCUACUUUUUGUCUUUUCCGGAUCCACCCAGCUUUUGUUUUUAAGACUGUUGACAAAUGAAUGUAAUGUUUGCUCAUUUUACUGCUAUCAUUAACAGAUGGGACACCUUUGAGCCUUAACUCACUGGCAUCGUGUUAGCUUUUCCCCACAUCAGACUAUUAAAGCCUUAAUAUGCACAUUUUGGUCUAUUUCAAACAGGUGCAAGUUGUGCGUUGCGUCGUUUGUAAAGCAAGAACAUGCUAUAUUAUGUAAUGGUUAUUAAAAUGAUGAUGAUCUCGAAUUGGUGUAAAACUCAUGACCAUGCACUGUCUUUUCAAGUAUUUCUUUGCUUUAAGAAGCUAAAGCACUUUUUAAGUCACUCUGGAUAAAAGCAUCUGCUAAAUGCCUUAAAUAUAAAUGCUUUGACCUGAUUGAAUUGCAUUGCAAAUGUACCGUCUCUUCACUGUGUCAGUUGUCAACAGAUGAUAUUGUUACAUCAACUUCAAUCUCACUAUUUUUCCCAUGUUGCAAAGUAAAGGUUUCAACAUAAUUCACAUAA